AUGACGUACACAUACAGCGCGGCGCCAACGCCCCUCCGCAAGGUGCAGAAACCUCCCUACACCAUCGAGGCCCCCGACGUCGAACCAGUCGAGGGCGAGACAAUCCCGCGUCGCCACCCCAAGGCCAAAGACGGUUUGAUCGAGCGCCCAGCCCCAGGCGUGAACACCACCUUCGACCUGCUGAAGCGCAGCGCCGAGAAAUAUGGCAACGAGCCGGCCGUGGGAAGCCGCAAGUUGAUCCAGGUGCACAAGGAGAAGAAGAAGGUGCCCAAGGUGGUUGACGGGCAGACCACGGAGGUCGAGAAGGAGUGGACGUACUAUGAGCUGUCGGACUACACUUACAUUACGUACCGGGAGUAUCUUGACCAGGUGCUGCAGGUUGGGGCGGGGUUGCGGAAGUUGGGGCUUAAGGCGGAUGAGCGGUUGCAUAUCUUUGCGAGCACGAGCCCCCAAUGGCUCACGAUCGCCCACGCGUGCUCGUCACAGUCGCUGACCAUCGUGACGGCCUACGACACACUGGGCGAGGCCGGCGUGGAGCACUCGCUGGUGCAGAGCAAGGCCGACGCCAUGUUUGUUGACCCGCACCUAUUCAAGACGAUCAAGAAGCCCCUCCAGACGGCCAACACCGUCAAAGUGCUCAUCUACAACAACGAAUCCCACCUGUCCGUGUCCGACGCCGAGAUCGAUCAGUUCAAGGCCGCCCACUCGCACCUGACCGUCCUCUCCUUCGGCGAGCUGCGUGCCCUGGGCGAGGAGAACCCCAUCGACCCUGUCCCACCAACCCCGGAGCAGACCUACUGCAUUAUGUACACCUCCGGCAGCACGGGCCCGCCCAAGGGUGUCCCCGUGACGCACGCGGGCUUCGUAGCCGCCGUCGCAGGCCUGUACACCGUCAUGGAGGAAUCCGUAACCCACCAAGAGUACGUCCUCGCCUACCUCCCACUCGCCCACAUCUUCGAACUCGUCCUCGAAAACCUCGUCGUCUUCGUCGGCGCCACCCUCGGCUACGGCUCCCCGCGCACCCUCGCCGACACCAGCAUGCGCAACUGCCACGGCGACAUGCGCACCUUCGCGCCCACCAUCAUGGUCGGCGUCCCACAAAUCUGGGAAACCGUCAAAAAGGGCAUCGAAGCCAACGUCCACGCCGCCGGGCCCCUCACCCGCACCCUCUUCCACACCGCCCUCUCCCUCAAAUCCUUCUUCGUCUCCCACAACCUCCCCCACCUCGCCUCCAUCCUCGACCACACCGUCUUCUCCCGCGUCCGCGCCGUCACCGGCGGCCGCCUCCGCUUCAUCGUCAACGGCGCCAGCGGCAUCGCCCACCCAACCCUGCACUUCAUGUCCCUCGUCAUCGCCCCGAUGCUCUCCGGCUACGGCCUCACCGAAACCUGCGGCAACGGCGCCCUCGGCUGUCCGCUGCAAUGGACCUCCUCCGGCCAGGCCAUCGGCCCCAUCCCCGCCGCCGUCGAAAUCAAACUUGUCUCCCUCCCGGAGCUAAACUACUCCGCUACUUCCUCCCCGCCGCAGGGGGAGAUCCUCAUCCGCGGCGCGCCGGUGCUAAGGGAGUACCUCGACAACCCGGAGGAAACGGCCAAGGCGGUCACGCCUGAUGGGUGGUUCCGCACGGGGGAUAUCGGGCAGUUUGAGGCGGACGGGCAUGUCAGUGUUAUUGAUCGGGUCAAGAACUUGGUUAAGCUCCAGGGCGGGGAGUAUAUUGCGCUGGAGAAACUGGAGGCGAUCUACCGCGGCGCGGCGUAUGUGCAGAAUUUGAUGGUGCAUGGGGAUAGUAGCUCGCCGCGGCCGGUGGCGGUGGUGGCGGUGAAUGAGAAGCAGUUGGCGAAGAAGGCCGGGGAGUUGGGGGUUGCUGAGGGGGGGAGUGGGAUGUAUAAGGAUAAGAGGGUGAGGGGGGUGGUGUUGAAGGCGUUGCAGGAGGUGGCGAAGAGGGAGGGGUUGAGUGGGAUGGAGACUGUGGCGGGGGUGGUUUUGGUUGAGGAGGAGUGGACGCCGGCGAAUGGCCUGGUCACAGCAACGCAGAAACUCAAUCGCAAGGCGAUCCGCGAACGGUAUGCCAAGGAGAUCAAGGCUUGUGUCGAGGGCAAAUAG